AGAUCAAAUAGAAAAAUGUCUUUGUCCAGUGCAAUCGCGUGUUUGUGCUGCAUAAUUUUGACAGCGCAAGCUGCCAAAAAGAAUUAUUGUAAGCCAGAUCUGUGCCAUGGCGCUCAACAUGUAGCGUGCUUGACGAAACCGCAAAAACUUUUCAAAGAUGAAUGUAAUUCCGAUGCUGAAAUUAUUCAGCUAAGCAAAGAAGAUAAGGCUUACAUAAUAAAAUCCAUAAAUAAGAUUCGCAAUUAUGUGGCGAACGGUAGCGUAGAAGGUUUUAACAGCGCUUGCAAUAUGACGACCGUCAAGUGGGAUUCCGAACUAGCAUAUAUUGCAAAGAUGAAUGUCCGCGUAUGUUCACAUCACCGUGAUGCCUGCCGCAAUACGGACAAACAUAAAAAUGUUGGACAGACCACGGCUUAUGGAGGAGUCAAGGGUAAAAGCCGUACCCCAAAGCAAUUCAUCAAACGACAUAUUAAAGCUUGGUUUGCACAGUGGAAAUUGGCGACGAUGAAAGACAUUCUGAGAUAUGAUAGUAAAGAAGAUAUUCCACCACACAACUUUUUACAAAUCGUACAUGACAAAGUGCAAAAAAUUGGCUGCGCCUGUCUGAAACAGUCCAAGAAUGGAUGGAUUCAAAACUUUUUCACCUGUAAUUAUGAUGAGGCGCCAAUUAAAGGGCAGGCAGUUUACAAAACUGGUCACCCAGCAGCACAAUGCGUUUCAGGCAAAGAUCAACACUUUAAAUCUCUUUGUAGUGUGGUUGAUAAAGAUGCUGUAGAUACGGUUGAGUCUGAAGCUCCUAACAAUCAGACCCAGAAACCACAGGUUGACGCUCAAAAUAAGCCUGACAAUCAGACCCAGAAACCACAGGUUGACGCUCAAAGUAAGCCAGACAAUCAGACCCAGAAACCACAGGUUGACGCUCAAAAUAAGCCUGACAAUCAGACCCAGAAACCASAGGUUGRCGCUCAAAAUAAGCCUGACAAUCAGACCCAGAAACCAGAGGUUGGCGCUCAAAGUAAGCCUGACAAUCAGACCCAGAAACCAGAGGUUGGCGCUCAAAGUAAGCCUGACAAUCAGACCCAGAACCCACAGGCUGACGCUCAAAAUAAACUUGACAAUCAGGCGCCAAAAAUACUAAGUCGAACUAUUGUGUCAACAAAUGGUGCUAUAGAGAUAAUUAAGCUAAAACCUGGUAUGGCACCAGUUGAAAACGUUGAACGAAAUCUCAAAAUUCAAAGAGCCAUAGAAAAAGAAGCCAAAGAAUGGCGGAAAAAGUUCCUCAGAUUUUUGUCCGAGAUUGAAAAUACUGAGAAAAAAACCAACAAUCGGAAAAUUCAGAUCUUCACCUGGAACCAUCAGGUAGAUAUUUCCUAUAAAAGACCCGAGGAGGACGAAUAACACAUGAGCCCAAGAAGACUCACAGUUGCAAAUAG